AUGGCGGGAGACUCGGUAUCAAGAGGCCACACACCCGCACCUACUGGAGAGAAACUCGAUGCUCCGCGCAUUCUCUGCCUCCACGGUGGCGGCGUGACUGGCGAGAUCUUCCGCAUGCAAGCCCGCUCAUUAAUCCGCGAUCUACCCGACUUCCGCCUCGUUUUUGCCGACGGACCGUUCUUCUGCGACGCCGGUCCUGGCAUAGUGCCUGUCUUCCAGGACUUUGGCCCUUUCCGACGCUGGCUGAGAUGGCUGCCCGAGCAUCCAGAGAUUGACGACGAUGCCGCGAUUGAAGAGGUUAUGUACAGCAUCAACACUGCGAAGAAGGAAGAUCAAGGGACGGGACCGUGGGUCGGGUUGAUGGGGUUCAGCCAGGGUGCAAAGCUGUCAGCGAGCUUGUUGUACGAUCAGCAGAUACGUAUGGAGAAGGAGGGCAAGGCAGAUACCGACUACAAGUUCGCGGUGUUACUGGCAGGAAGGAGUCCGCUGGUGAGCUUCUGCGAGUACAGCAAGAGUCCAGCAUGCGUUUCCGCUGGCGCAAUCAGCGAAGGCUUCCAUUACGAAGGAGAGAGUCCGCAUGUUCUACGCUUGCCAACGCUACAUGUACAUGGCCUGAAUGAUGGAGGGCUGCACCUGCACAGGAAGAUGCUCAAGCAGUAUCAUGACCCAAAGACCUCGACGGUCAUUGAGUGGGACGGCACGCAUAGAGUGCCGAUUAAGAAGGUAGAUGUCGAGCCGAUUGUGGAGUGGAUAUAUAAGACCGCAGGAGAACAAGGAGUAAAGGUCUGA